AUGGCAGAUUUCGAAUUUCCAACUUCUUUGGGAGAUUACAAAGGAGAAGAUCAAACCAAGAAUAAGACACCCGCAUAAAUCUACAAGUAUUUGACAACUGUGAGUACAAAUCUAAUUGAUGAACCUGAAAAAUUGAAUGAGUGUACAACAUGGUUGGACUUUGUGUAUUUUUCAAUCAAGAAUGGAAACACCACUUAACAAAUAAACAAUGUUCUAUCAGACAUAUUGAAGAAUCAAUUAGAUAAGGCAUAUUUGGGAACUCUGAAAUUGGGAUCUGAGAGAAUAACAGUCUUUUUGGCCUGUUGCUAUUUGUGUUGGCAUAAUUAGAUUGAAUAAUAGGAACAUAUAAAAGUCUUAAAAAGUUUUGUAAAAUACAUAAAAAUAAGCAAAUUAAUACAGGAAUGUUUUUCUAUGGUGAUGUCAGUGGCAACAUCAAAUUGUCAGAGUGUAAUAGCACACCAAAUAGUGGCAUUUCUAUUAAGUCAAAACAACGAACAUUACUUUAACAAUUUGGUUGUUGCCUUUUCUGCAUAGAACAUCAAUUGUGUACCAUUGUUGAGAAGAUUGAAUAGAUAGAAAUUAGAGAAUGAAGAUGAAGACACUUAGAUUAGAUUCUAGGAAUUGUUACCCACAUCCAAUUCGACAUUUAUUGAAUGUGUAAUAUUGGAAUAUCUAACUACAAUCAAGCCUCUGUAUGCAAAAACAAGCAGAGAAGUAUUACUCUAGUUGGUGAGAUUUCUACCAGACUUUUUUACCUAGAAUAAUAUUCUGCAUACGUUGUUGAAACUAUAUGAUAAGGAAUAAUGGAUGAUACGAAAUACAGUGACAAUGACCUUGGGAGAACUAUUACGUUAAUCAGUAUUUAUGGAAGAUGUCGAGGAGAAACUAUUGUAAUUAUUAUUAUUGAGAACUCAUGAUUCACAUGUUCAUGGAAGAUCUUGUGUAUUGUAUGCAUUAAAGGAGUUGAUAAGUUCAAGAUCAGUCAAAUUGAAUGCUGAGAUAUUGUACAAAGCAGUUGAGAGAUUGAAGGAUAAGAGUAGUUCAGCAAGAAGAGCAGCCAUAUCCUUGUUGGACUCAAUCAUCAAGGCAUAUUCAAAAUAGUAUGGAAUUAUGACAUUCAAAUCGUCUCAAUUGGAGAAGAAUAGGAAAUUGUUGGAGUUGGAGAAACAGAAACUAAUUGAGGAUUGUCAAAACCUGUAAGAAUAAUUGAACAGGAAUUAGAUCGAUAUCAAAUACUAUUUAGAUAAUUUGGAAUCCCAAUUGAAUUCCUGCAGAGAUCGAGAAUAAAAAUUGAAGGCACAACAAGUAUUCCAGAAUUAGAUAUCUAUUGCCAUGCCUGAUCUUAUUAAGAUUGCGCUCAGUAAUAUCCAUACAGAAAGUAAGUGUGUUCUACAAGUGUUCACUACUUUGAUGAUCAACCAUCAAGAAGGAAUGAUUGAAUAUGUCAAAUAAAUCUUAGUGUUGGUUUAUCAAGCAGAAUUAUAGGAAGAUCUGAAUAAACUCAUUUUCAAUUCUUUUGUUAGAAAUUACUCCAAGUUGAUCAAGCUAAUAGAAAUUUGCGAUAUGUUAGAAAUCACUUGUUUGGAACAGUUAUUCAAAUCUUUUAAAUAGAAGAAUCUACAACUCAAAACUGCAGAUGUCUGGGAUAAAGCAUGGGAUUACUUAAAAUAAUAGAAAUAUAUAUUGCCUAAUUUGAGAUUGAUUAGAUUCAUUGGGAUCAUGGAUGAUGCCUAAUUAUAUGAUAAGUUAUGCUACUUACUAAGACACCUCAAAGACACAAAACAAUUCAGUGAAAUAACAGAAAUCAUACUCAUUAUUUAAGAAAUCCCUGUUGAAGAUGUCCAUCAAAUUUAUAUUAAGGAAAUUAUCAAAUCCUUAUAAAAUUAUGAUGGAAGUGAUCUAGAGUGGUUCAGAGCAUGUGACACCUUCAUUAGAUUCACAGUCGAAAAAAUUCAAAAACCAGAAAUCACCUUGUUAGAAUUCUUGAACUCAAUUCCUAUUGCUAAUAUACCUCAAUUGAUGUUCGCAAGUAGUACUAUAGGAUUAAAACUAUAUGUGUAUAGUGAGAAGAUGAUCAAACAAUAUAGGAAAGAGAAGACCUAACCUUUAGACGAGAUGGAUCAAAUGGAUAAUAGUAUACAAGAACAUAUGGAUGGAAAAAUCAAAGAAUUGCAGGAUCUGUUUGAGAAAAUGGGAGAUCUCAGUGAAUACAGUUCUAGUGCUGAAGCCAUUUGCAAGAAUAUGAUAACUGAUUCAUAUAAAGAAAGAAAUCUAAUGAUAGACCAAAUCAGUGUCAUGUCUUUGUUGCAAUUCAUGAUCAUCUCUAAAUCAUGCACAGUCAGGAAUAUCAAAACCAUAAUGGAAAUCUUAGAUUGCUAACAAGUCUAAUCCAUUAUUAAAUGCAACAUCAUUACAAUGCUUAGUGACAUCUAUUACAGAUACUCAGAUCUAAUUGAUAUCAAUAAAGUCUUACAGAAGAUGGAUGACAAAGUUCUCAAAGUCAGAAGGACUGCCAUCAUCAUUGUAUCCCAUCUGAUGCUAAUGGAAUUACUAAGAAUUGAUGCCUCUUAAAUUGCCAAACACAUCAAUGAUUAGGAUUAAACCAUUAAAAAACAUGCCAAAAUCUUCUUCGUUGAAUUAUACAAAAAGGAUAGUCAGAAAUUUUAUUAGGUCCUACCUGAUCUAAUUACUUCAAUGGCUCAUAAUUAUCAAGUCUCAGAAGAGGAUUUCAAGAUAUUUGCCAAAGAAAUCAUCCCUUUAGUCCAAAAGGAUAAACUUUAAGAAUAGAUACUCGAGAAAUUCUUGAACAGAUUUGAUAUCUUUGAUAGAGAGGCAUCUCUUAAAAAUAGAAGCAUUAUGCAGAGAGUCUAAGAAGCCAAAGAAGAUAUUAUCCCCUAUAAUCCCGUAUAGCUCACGGCUGAAAGGGAAUGUGUCUACUUGUCCUUUUGUUUACUUUAUCUGAAAUUUCAUCUUGAAAAUCUUAGAUUACUUGUAACCAAUUUCCCAUAGUAUAAAAAAGUACUCAAGAACCCAAUCAUAUUAGAAUAGUUUAAAUAGAUUUAUCAAAAAUGUAGAAAGGCAGCCUCAUCUUGUAAAAUGAAUGCCAGAAAAACCGAGGCCAUCUAAUAAUCACACGAAUUCUCUUAGUUAUUGACCAUAUUUAAAACAAACUUAGAUUCAGUAGAUCCUUAAUUAGAAAGACUUCACUCAGUAUCACAUAAUCAACCAUCAUAAUCUAAUUAGUAAUAAGUAACCAAACCCAAAAAGAUUCAAACUCAAUAUAGACCUCCUAAAAAGAACACUAAAUAAUAGAUAAGGAUACCAGAUUCCGAUGAUAGUAGUAGUAUGGAAUUAGAAUAUUGA